CACUCAGCACCUCGACAGCGCACCCAGUCGCCGCGCUCGCCCUGAUCAAGCCGCCCGCCGUCCUCCUUCCUCUCCUGUCGCCCACCUUCUCGCUCGCGCCUACAGUACCGACUCGCUCCCCAAGAUGCCCUCGCGCACCUCUGCAGGGCCGGCCAGUCCGCCCAAAAAGGCUGCGCCCCCGCCGCCAGCCGCCCUCAACGGGCCCGGCCCGACCUCGGCGGCGCUCGCGCCCAGAGACCAGAAGCGCACCCAGGCCGGCGACCAGAGCGCCUACGAGCCGGGCAAGCCCAUCCGCUUUGUCGACGAGGAGGUCGAGAAGAUGCACAACGAGAUCGACAAGCGCGCAGAGAGCGACCGUGCUGUUGCGCGUCGCGCCCUGCGGCACCCGAGCCCGCGUCGGUCGCCCGGCGUCGGCCUGCGCGGCUUCCUCGUGCGGGUCGCCCUCCUGUACCUCGCCAUCGCCUACUUUGUCGCCUGCCCGCACGACCCCAAGCGCGAGUACGCCGUCUGCCGCGGUAUCGACACGGUCGGCGCCCGCGCUCGCCAGCUCGAGCCGCACGUCCGCCCUUACGUCGUCCGCGCCCAGCGCAAGCUCCAGCCAUACGUCGCCGAGGUCCAGCACCGCACCCAGCCCUACGUCGACACGGUCAAGCCCUACUACGACCGCGCCGACCGCCUCGUCCGCCCUCGCCUCGCGACCGCCUCGGCCCGGUACCGCUCGACCGUCUACCCGGCCCUCGCAGGCGCCGUCGUCCACUCGCAGGAGCUCACGCGCCCGCUCACGCGCAAGGUCAAGACGCAGUACACCAAGUCGCUCGCGCCGAGCGUCGAGUGGUACACGCUCGCCCUCGAGCGCUGGUACGCCGCCCAGCUCGCGCCGCACGUCGACCGCGCGUCGUCCUCGGCGCGCUCGCUCGCGACGUCGGCGCAGCGCGCCGUCGCCCCCGUGUGGCAGAACGGCGUCCCGGCGGCGCAGCACCACUGGCGGGCGCACCUCGUGCCGUUCUCGCGCUCGGCGUACGGCACCUCGCGCCGCACCUACGUCUCGCACGUCCACCCGCGCCUCGUCACGGCGUGGAGGACGUCGCACGGCGUGUACCGCUCCAAGGUGCUCCCGGCGCUGCAGCGCUUCUGGAGCCGGUUCAUCGCGCCGCAGCUCGCCAAGAUCCAGGAGCGCGUGUACGAGUACAAGGCCAAGCGCGCCAAGCUCGACGCCAUCGAGCGCGUCGACAAGGCGACCGACAAGAUUGCGCAGGAGCACGCCGACGACGACAUCGAGGACUUUAUCAACGAGCUCCGCAACGACGGCGCCAACACCGACGUCGACGUCGACGCCGCGCCGGCCAUCCCUGCCGAGCAGGCCGCCCCUCCCGCCUACUCGUCGUCCGUCCCGCCUCCUCCGCCCUCGGCCGAGGACGCUGCCGCCCAACGUGCCUCGCAGCGCGCCGCCCUCGAGGCGCUCCAGUCGACGUACGAGACCGAGAUCGCCGCCCUCGGCCAGGCCGAGCACCGCCUCCUCGUCAACCGCCUCGCCGACAUCCGCUCGACGGCCGCGGCCGACAUCCCCAAGCGGUUCGACGCCGCGCUCGAGGACCUCGACGACGAGGGCGACAAGAUGGUCGGCCGCCUCGGCAAGUACUUUGCGCGCGUCGCCGGCGACGACAAGCACUCGGUCGACGACAAGGUGCGCGACGCCGACGACCUCGCGGCCAAGGCGGUCGCUCGCGUCGCCAAGGCGGCGGGCGCGCUCGAAGCCGAGGUCGACGAGUACCGGCGCGAGCUCGAGGAGCGCGAGGAGGCGGCCGUGUGGCUCGCCAAGAAGAGCGUGUCGGACCUCGUGAGCAAGGCGACCGACGAGCUCGGCCGUGGGUGGACCUGGCUCGACGGCACGAGCGCCAAGGACUGGCAGCGCUACCACGGCCUGCGCCGCGCCGAGGAGAACCUGCACAAGAGCUUUGUCGACCUGCAGUCGGGCGCCAUCAAGGACGCGUCGCUCUCGGCGCACAAGCCCUUUGCCGUCCUCGACGAGUACCGCCAGCAGCCGGCCAAGCUCGUCAAGGCGUUCGAGACGAUCCUCGCCAAGAUCAAGGUCAAGGGCCAGCGCGAGCUCAAGGGUGAGUGGCUCGGCGUCGUCCCCGAGGCGCAGAAGGCGUACGAUGCCGUCACCGGCAAGCUCGGAGGCGUCGUCGACGACCUCAAGCUGUCGGCGUCGUCGGUCGCCGGCUACGAGCCCAAGCCGACCAACGUCGCCCAGUCGGUCAGCUCGCUCGCCAAGGCGGCGCAAGCGUCGGCCUCGUCGCUCGCCGCCGAGGCCGUCAGCGCCCUGCCGACGGUCGAGGCGUACCACGAGUACCGCGACGCCGCCAAGUCGGCUCUCGGCGACGCCUCGCAGCAGGUCCUGCGCGCCGUCGGCGUCGAGCCGUCGCCGACCGACAUCCGCCAGACGGCGGCGAGCAUCGCGCACGCCGCUCAGGCCUCGGCCGCGACCGCCUACGCCGAGGCGUCCCAGUCGGCCCUGCGCGCGCUCGGCAAGGAGCCGUCGCCGACCGACCUGCCGCAGUCGAUGACCUCGAUCGCCAACGUCGCGAGUGCGUCGGCCGCCAGCGCCUACUCGCAGGUCGUCUCGGACUACCCGUCCUCGAUCUCGUCGGCGCUCGCCGCCGCCACCCAGGCCGUCGACGACGCCGCAGCCGCCGCCCUCAGCAGCGCGUCGUCCGUCGCCGCGUCGGCCGCGAGCGUCGUCGCGUCGCUCGCCGCCCCUGCGGCGACCAUGAUCAACGCCGGCGUCGUCGUCGACCGCCUCGGCGACGUCAAGGAGGCCGCCAACGAGUUCUUCGGCGACGUGAGCCAGGACGCCCUGCGCGCCGUCGGCGUCGAGCCGAGCCCGACCAACCUCGCCCAGUCGGCCACGAGCGUCGCCCAGGUCGUGCGCUCGGCCGUCUCGCCUGCGCCCGCCGUGUCGCGCUCGGCAUCGUCCAUCGCGAGCGCCGCGUCGCGCUCGUCCUCGUCGAGCUCGAGUGCCCUCUCGCGCUCGGCGUCGUCGGCCUCGAGCGUCGUCUCGCGCUCCCUCUCGUCGGCGUCGAAGGAGGGCGCGUCGGCGUCGUCGUCGGUCGCGAGCCGGGUCAGCUCGGUUGCGCAAAGCGUCAAGAGCGUCGCGUCGAGCCUCAACAAGCCGCACCCGAGCUACCGCAAGAGCCAGGCGGCGGCGUCGGUCGUGAGCGCGACUGACCGGGUCAAGCGCGCCGCCGGCGCCAAGGUGCCCGUCGCGCGUCGUGCGGCGACGGCUCAGCCGGUCGCGGCUGCGGCAUCGGCGGCGCCGGCGGCCGAAUCGUCCGUGUCGAGCGUCGCGAGCCAGGUGUCGACUAAGGCCGAGCAGCUCGCGAGCCCGCACCCGUCGUACAAGGCGAGCCAGCGCCAGGAGAAGAUCGUGCGCGCGACCGACAAGGUCAAGCAGGCCGUCGUGCACGGCGAGCUGUGA